AUGAAUUUAUUUGUUAUUACUUUUAUUCGAGAAAACAUAUAUUUGUGUAUUUUUUAUGAUCGGUAUGGAUUUGGAAACAGAGGAUACGAUGCCCGAUGACGCAUGGAAAGAUUCAUUUGAUAAAUUAUUAGACCAAAGACCUACUUUAAGGGAAUUGAACGUAAUAAAAAAAGAUAUAAGAGCAUCCUUCAAUCUUAACUCCAGCUAUGAAAAUAGUAGCUAUGAUAACACGGGAUCUAUAAGGCUAGAUUGUGAACAGCAAACACCGCAACAAAAUCAAUCCCUUAUAUUGACUUCAUCACCAGCAUAUGUACCGCUUAAAGUACAAUACCUUAAUGUACCAAAAAAUAUAAAUGCAAAAAAACGAAACAAACAUCGUAUGAAUUCUGAUGUAGUUUCUACACCUAUAAGAGACAACAUUACUGUGAAUCCUUUUAAGUGUACAUUAUCUCCGAUAGGAUCGUGGGAGUUGCGGAAUUUCAAAUGCAAUGACCAAAAUGAAUACAAGAAAGAUGCUAAAAAAGUGGAAUUUAAUGCCACACCUAUCAUUGACAAUGGCAUAGUUAACGUGGAAUACAUUGAUGACAGCAUUCCUAAUGUUGAAAACGAAAUAAAUGCCGUAUAUUCACAGGGAAUCUCUCCGCUUGUACUAGUGAGAAAGAAAUGGAAAUCCAAACAAACUCAAAAACAAGUGUGUUUUGCGUCUAAUGAACUAGAUAAAAAUCAUGAUAAUUUGAAUCAGGAUGUAGAAGCGCUUGUAUCACAUCCAUUAUAUUCUGAAUUAGAAUUACAGCCUGGAAAAUGGCGUAAGUCUUUAAAUUGCUUACGUCGAACACAUCACCAUGUAUUGGAAAAUUAUGAAAAAAGUAAAUCGAUACCGAAACAACAUCAAAAAGGAAGAAGUACAUGUGUUGCGGAUAGACCAAAAUCCUUAACAACUACAACUAGUAUUGCUGGUAAUCGAAAAUCAGUUUGUAUACUUUCAAAUUCAAAUCAAGCAGGUUCGAGAUCAACAUACAGCUUAGGCAGUAAUGAUUUUAAGCGUCAGUUAUUGCAACGUUGCGGGCAACGUCGCAUUUUAACAUUUGCUAGUACAUACCCUGAAGAUUACCUACAAAAUUGUUGCAAAAUUGGAGAAGGAGCUUUUGGCGAAGUUUUUGUUCAUUCAAAGCCUUAUGACAAUGAGAGUGCUGAAAAGACUGUAUUAAAAAUAAUACCUAUUGAAGGAGAGGAAUUGGUUAACGGUGAAGUGCAGAAAACCUUUGAACAAAUUCUUCCUGAAGUUAUUAUUUCAAUGGAACUUUGCGGUCUAGCCGAUGACAAUCGUAAAACAAAUGUUACGUCGGGAUUUGUAAAUAUUCAACGGGUUAGAUGUACUAAAGGAUCCUAUCCACCACACCUUCAGAAACUUUGGGAUGAAUAUGAUUUGGAGAAAGAGUCCGAAAAUGAUCAUCCAAGGUGCUUUACAAGUAACCAGCAAUAUAUAGUGUUAGAAUUGGCUUUUAGUGGUCAAGAUCUUGAAGGAUUCCAAUUUAAAAAUGCUGAGCAAUCAUUUCAUGCUUUACAACAGAUUAUACUAACACUGGCUGUUGGUGAAAGUGAAUAUCAGUUUGAGCAUCGCGAUUUACAUUGGGGUAAUGUCUUGAUUCUCAAUACCAAUCGACCAACUAUAACAUAUAAACUAGAUGACGCCAUUAUGACUAUACCCACUAAGGGUGUUAAAAUUACUAUUAUAGACUACACUUUAUCUCGUAUGACUUUUAAUGACUAUUGUUUUUAUAAUGAUCUAUCUAAUGACGAAGAACUUUUUAUCGCUACCGGGGAUUACCAGUUCGAAAUAUAUCGGAUGAUGCGCAAAGUUCUGAAUAACAAAUGGGAAACGUUUGAACCUAAAACGAACAUAUUUUGGAUCUCCUAUAUUAUAUCAAAACUGGUUGAUGGUGUCUCGUAUAAAAAUAUAAGAUCUAAAAACCAUUUACAUUAUUUAGAAAAAUUAAAGCACCUUCAGAGAACCAUAUUAACAUAUAAAAGCUGUUUGGAUUGUGCACGGGACGUGCUCUUACAUUAAAAGCAUAUUUUUUAUUUACAUUUUAUAUACAUAUUUUCAUCAAAUAUUUAUUUUUUAAUUGAAUUAUAAUUUUUUAUAUCCAGAAUUGUAUUUAUGAAAAAUGAUAAAAUAUAUUUUUUUGUUUUAUAUUGUU